UGAUGAAGGAAUGUACUUCUGUGGACAAAGUGAUGGAAAAAUAUUUACAUUUUCUAAUCUCAUAGUCUUAGCUGUGACAGAUCAUCUUCAGUUAAACUUGUCGGUGGUCCAAACUCCAGUAUCAGGUACAGUUUCUCCAGGACAGUCAGUGACUCUGCAGUGCACGGUCCUCUCUGACACUGAAGCAGAAGAUCUCCGAGUGCUCUGGCUCAGAGCUGCUGCAGGACAAUCCUUUCCUGAAAUCAUUUACACUCAUCAGAACAGCAGCAGCCGUCAGUGUGAGAUCAGCUCUUCUUCAAGCUGCUCUCUGUACAAGUUAUCUAAGAACAUCCUCAACCAGCACCACACUGGAACUUACUACUGCGCUGUGGCUGCUUGUGGGAAGAUCGUUGUUGGGAAUGGAACAGCAGUAGAGCUGAAGGAGCCUGUGGAUCUUGUGGUGAUCUGUCUGGGAGCAGCUUUGGGAGUGUGUGUGGUUGUGAUCUCUGCUCAAGCCUUUAUAAUCUAUAAAAGGAGAAACAGUGACCACUGCGGUGUGAGAAAACAACAAGGAUCAGCAGCAGAGAACACAACCAGUCAGACUGCUGAGAGUCUGAAUUAUGCUCCCAUCCAUUUCAAAGAGAGCAAACCCAAAACUGGACGGGUGAAGAGAGAACAGCCUGAAGACAUUGUGUACUCUCAAUUUCUGUGCUGUGGUGUAUCAGUAAUAUUGAGGGAUGUGCUGAUCUUCACCUCCUGCCUCAGUAAAGGACCUGGCAGUAGUCUGGAGAAGGUCCUUCCACCUCAGCAGUUGAAGAAUUUCUGA